CUGAGUUACGUGUGAUGCAGUAACACACACCUUGCUUUAUCAUGGACAGCUUUCCAUCUUUAUGGACGUAAACAAAAGAGGAUGUAGCCUUGGAUUUCCCUCGAAACGAAGCAAGACCCGCCCGUCUCAUCGAUGCAUCUUCAGACCGUCUUCCUCCAGAUUCCUGUGAGCUCUGGAGGUUUUAAACGUUGAGAUGCAACCACAAUCCAUCUUCUCCUCACCUCUGAAAGGGAGGCAGACACCAGACAAACACCCUACUUUAUCCCGCCUCUCAUCCCUCCUGAGGUUCCUCCCGGUCCUCCUGUGUUUCAUUCCCUGCCCGGUGCAUGCAUCCUUUUUCCGGGUAGGGAUUGUCGGGCCUUGGGGAUGCGACCCUCUCUUUGCAAAGGCCCUCCCUAGCGUGGCUGCACAGCUCGCCGUAAACCGCAUCAACAAGGACCGCUCUCUGUCCUACGGUGCAACCUUCGACUACACCGUGCUGCAGGAGCCAUGUGAGACAUCCAGGGCGCUGGAGAAGUUCCUUGGUUUCCACACGAAGGCUUCAGCGUUCAUCGGACCAGCAAACCCCGGAUACUGUGACGCUGCUUCGAUGCUGAGCAAAGGCUGGAACAAGGCCUUGUUUUCUUUCGGUUGUGUCGGCGAUGAGCUGGACGAUGUUCGGAGCCACCCGACGUUCGCCCGCUCCAUGCCGAGGCCCAGCCAGGUGCUGCUCAGCAUCGUCAACUACUUCAGGUGGGCCAACAUCGCCAUCAUCACUUCUGCUGAGGACGUCUGGGUGGAGACGGCCAUCAAGGUUUCUGAUUCCUUAAGGAGUCACGGUCUUCCGGUCAGGUUGGUCAGUAUUCUGGAAAACACACCUCACAGCAUCCGAAGAACUCUGAUCAAGCUCCGCAAAAUGAGGGAAAUCCGAGUUGUGAUCCUCUGCAUGCACUCGGCUCUGAUGGGCGGUGGCGUUCAGAAGCAGCUGCUGGAGGCGGCCUACGACCUGCAGCUGACCGACGGCUCGCUGGUGUUCGUCCCGUACGACACUCUGCUCUACAGCCUGCCGUACAGAAACAUCACCUACCCCGCUCUGAAGAGGAACAGUAAACUACUGAGGGCCUACGACGCCGUGCUGACCGUCACCAUCGACUCCCAGCAGGUGUCCUUCUACGAGGCAUACAGGGAGGCCGUGGAGAGGGGGGAGGUGGCGAAGACGCUGAUGCCUGAGCAGGUGUCUCCUCUAUUCGGCACCAUCUACAGCUCUGUCCUCUUCGUGGCUCACGCCGUGCAUCGGGUUCGGGAGGCUGGGGAGUGGAUGUCAGGGGGAAACCUGGCAACACACACACGCAACCUGGACUUCCAGGGCUUCAGUCACCCCAUAAAAACAGACGGCUCGGGAGCAGCUCUGCUGGAAUACGUCAUACUGGACACUGACGGACUGUCCUGGGAGCUGAAGCCAACCUACAGCAUCGACAUGGAGGCCGGUAUGAUGCGUUUCCUGGGCCGAGAUAUCCACUUCCCUCGCGGCUACGGACCCAGGAAGGACGCCUCCUGCUGGUUUACUCCUGGAGUCAUCUGCUCAGGGGGCGUGGAUCUGUUCCCGACCAUCAACAUGUUCCUGGGGAUGAUUGCCGCCUUUGUGUUUGGAGUGGCGUUAAUCUACUGCAUCAGGCGACGUCUCAACCAGAUCCGAUUGUUCAAAGGUCCGAACAGGAUUCUGCUGACUCAGGCUGACGUCACCUUCAUCAACCCGUCGUUAAGCACCAAGAAGCUGAGUCAGGAGGACAGCCGGGCGAGCUUCAUCAGGAGCUCAUCGCCCGUCUCGUCCCAAACCCCGGCGACCUACGAGAACUCCAACAUCGUCAUCUUCCAGGGAGACUGGGCCUGGCUGAAGAGACUUCCCGAUGGUUUGUUCAGCAGCAUCAACCCUAAAACCAGCAACGUGUUUGAACUGAUGAGGGACAUGCGUCAUGAGAACGUGAACCCCUUCCUGGGCUUCUUCCACGACUGCGGCAUCUUCGCCAUCGUGACGGAGUUCUGCUCCCGGGGAAGUCUGGAGGACCUGCUGUUCAACGAGGACGUCAAACUGGACUGGAUGUUCAAGUCCUCGCUGCUGCUGGAUCUCAUUAAAGGUAUGAAGUACCUCCAUCACCGCGGGGUGUCCCACUGUCGUCUCAAGUCCCGUAACUGUGUGGUGGACGGCCGAUUCGUCCUGAAGGUCACAGACUACGGCUACAGCGAGAUUCUGGAGGCUCAGAGGUUCCCCUACACAGAACAGCCUGCAGAGGAGCUGCUGUGGACGGCUCCAGAGAUCCUGAGGAGCCCCCAGCCGGAGCUCAGAGGGACUCCAUCCGGAGACGUGUACAGCUUCGCCAUCAUCAUGCAGGAGGUGGUGAUCCGAGGGCCCCCGUUCUGCAUGAUGGACCUCACCGCCACAGAGAUACUAGAGAGGGUGCGUAACCCCCCUCCUCUGUUUCGCCCGGUGGUCAGUCCGGACUACGCCCCGUUAGAGUGCAUCCAGCUGAUGAAGCAGUGCUGGAAGGAACAGCCCGUCAACAGACUGGGCUUUGAGGAGAUCUUUGACCAGUUCAAGAACAUCAACAAGGGGAAGAAGACCAACAUCAUAGACUCCAUGCUGCGGAUGCUGGAGCAGUACUCGUCUAACCUGGAGGAGCUGAUCAGAGAGAGGACGGAGGAGCUGGAGAUCGAGAAGCAGAAGACGGAGAAGCUGCUGACUCAGAUGCUUCCUCCGUCUGUGGCAGAGGUCUUGAAGGUUGGCGGCACGGUGGAGCCGGAGCACUUCGACAACGUGACACUCUACUUCAGCGACAUCGUGGGCUUCACCACCAUCUCAGCCCACAGCGAACCCAUCGAGGUGGUGGACCUGCUCAACGACCUGUACACACUGUUCGACGCCAUCAUAGGAAACCACGACGUCUACAAGGUGGAGACGAUCGGUGAUGCUUACAUGGUGGCUUCAGGACUUCCCGUCCCCAACGAUGACCGCCACGCUGCAGAGAUAGCCAACAUGUCGCUGGACAUCCUGAGCGCCGUGGGAACUUUCAAAAUGAGGCACAUGCCCGACGUUCCUGUCAGGAUCCGGAUAGGACUGCACACAGGUCCAUGUGUAGCAGGUGUUGUGGGUCUCACCAUGCCUCGCUACUGUCUGUUUGGAGACACAGUCACCACCGCCUCUCGUAUGGAGUCCACCGGCCUGCCCUACAGGAUCCACAUCCACCAGAGCACAGCGAAGGUCCUGCGGGAUUUAAAUGUCGGCUACAAACUCGAAUUAAGAGGAAAGACUGAAGUAAAGGGGAAAGGAGUAGAGGAGACGUACUGGCUCGUAGGGAAAGAGGGAUUCAACAAACCACUUCCUGUUCCUCCAGAGGUCAAGAGCGGGCAAAUGGCCCACGGCCUGCAGAUGGCUGAAAUCGCUCUGAACAAGAAACGGAAAGCCGAAAAACAGGAACAGCUUUCAAAGAAGAAAUAGGGAGGUCAUGAUAUGCAUGGGAAGAUAUCUUGUGUUGGAGUCGUGACUCAACGUUCCCAAUAAAACCUAAAAGACACGAAAGAGGGCUAUUGAAAGUGUUCAUUCAGAUUAUCCCAGUGUGUGUGUGUGUGUGUGUGUGUGUGUGUGUGUGUGUGUGUGUGUGUGUGUGUGUGUGUGUGUGUGUGUGUGUGUGUGUGUGUGUGUGUGUGCGUGUAUGGAGGGCGAGACGCGGUGACUCAGCAGAGCUGGGAUCUACAGAAAGCGUCCGUCAGCAGCAGAUAAUCUCUCUCCUUCAUUUCCUCCUCCGUCGCUUCCCCCGUCUCUCAGUUUGACGAGGAGAGGAAACCGAAGUGAGGAGAGGAAAUUAAGGAAGGGAGGAUAGGAGGAGAGGAUGGAUGAAUCAAUAUUAGAAAAAAGCUGAAAUACUCUCCCAGAAAUAAUCAACAGCACGUAUUUAAGCCUUAAUUUGGUUCGGGAAAAAUACCAACGUGAUGGUAAAUGAAACCAAAUGUAAACUAGAGCUGGAUGCAAAGUGUUCCCUCUUAAAAGAGAGGAAAGGAAACAAGAGAAGGAAACAAGAGAAAGGAGAUGAAAAAUGAACAUAGAAACAAGUGAAUAACUGACAGUAAACAAUAGAGACGACUUAAAUACACCGAAUAUAAAGCAGUGACUCUGGUUUACAAGAUUACUCUACACCAAAUUAAAAUCUAAGUUUCCUCUGAGGAGAGGAAAGGAAACACCAGAGGAAAGGAAACGAUCUCAAAGUGUUCUCAAAACCUUCCCUGGAUAAUCACAGACUGUGUUCUCUCUGAACCGGGUGACUCCUUUGAGAGGGACUCUGUUUCCAAAGUUGGAUUUGGGGACUUCCUCUUACUGUCUGUAGUCAAAAAGUGAUCUGAUGUGCAAAUUAAAAUAUAACAUUUUCUUUAAAUCUUCAAAUAAUUCAACUUUCAAAUGGUUUCCCCUUUGUUUUAGUGUUUUAUUUGCUCAGAAAUAAAGUUUAUUUGGUGCUUAUAGUUGAAGAAUAACCAGAGUCUACUUUAUUUUGAUGCAAUAUAACAUUUUGGUGAUCAAAUUCAGUGUAAAUUCAUUGUGUGUCUCAUUAAAGUGAAUCAGUGGUGUGAUGCGUAAACAAACCCACAGCGCCCCCUAGCGAUGCAAUACAAUAAAGUGCUUAAACUACAGAUGGCAUCCUGGAAGAUCUGAGGAUUACCCCUGCUGAUCC